AUGGAGCUAGACAAGUGUUUAGAGAAGCUUUACGCUGGUCAGCUACUCCCAGAACCUACAUUGAGGGCCUUAUGCUUCAAACUUAAAGAAAAACUCGUAAAGGAAUCCAACGUUGUUCACGUUUCGACACCCAUCACGGUAGUAGGUGACAUUCACGGCCAAUUUCAUGAUUUACUUGAGAUUUUUCACAUAGGAGGCCCUGUACCAGACACUAACUAUUUGUUUUUAGGAGAUUAUGUUGACAGAGGGCUUUACAGCGUGGAAACCAUCACUCUCUUGAUCGUCCUAAAACUUAGAUAUCCCAAUAGGAUACACCUCAUAAGAGGAAAUCAUGAAUCGAGGCAGAUCACUCAGAGCUAUGGAUUCUAUACCGAAUGUUUAAAUAAAUAUGGUGGCAGCAGCAGAGUAUGGCAGUACUUUACAGAUCUAUUUGAUUACUUAGUCCUAUGCUGUAUUAUCGACAACGAGAUAUUUUGCGUGCACGGUGGACUUUCACCCAACGUGCAAACCAUAGACCAGAUUAGAAUCAUUGACAGAAUACGAGAAAUACCCCAUGACGGUGCCAUGGCAGACCUGGUGUGGUCUGAUCCUGAAGAUGAUGUAACAAAUCGGGAAGACGUGACGAGCGUGAGCAGUCAUUUCCAAGUAUCGCCUAGAGGUGCUGGCUACACUUUUGGCCGAAAUGUAGUUGACAAGUUCCUACAGUUGAACGGCAUGUCCAAAAUUUACCGAGCUCAUCAGCUUUGCAAUGAAGGUUUUCAAAUUUAUUUCGACGGGCUAGUCACAACCGUUUGGUCAGCACCAAAUUAUUGCUACCGAUGCGGAAACAAGGCGUCGAUAUUGGAGGUGUAUAGCAAGGACGAGUUUUAUUUCAAUGUCUUUGAGGAGGCUCCAGAGAACAAACUGCUGAACAAUUCCGCCAUGUCUAAUGGGAAUUUCAUUAAUAAUUUCUUCAAUGAUGGCAUGGUGGACGUAUUCUCUGACGAAUACCAGGCCGCUUCUGCCACAUCCAGACACGUUGACUACUUCCUGUAA